AAGGCGGCCCCUCUCUCUCGGCCCGGCCAUCUUGUGGGAAGAGCUGAAGCAGGCGCUCUUGGCUCGGCGCGGCCCGCUGCAAUCCGUUGAGGAACGCGCCGCCGAGCCACCAUCAUGCCUGGGCACUUACAGGAGGGCUUCGGCUGCGUGGUCACUAACCGAUUCGACCAGUUAUUUGACGACGAAUCGGACCCCUUCGAGGUGUUGAAGGCAGCAGAGAACAAGAAAAAAGAAGCCGGCGGGGGCGGCGUUGGGGGCCCUGGGGCCAAGAGCGCAGCUCAGGCCGCAGCCCAGACAAACUCCAACGCGGCGGGCAAACAGCUGCGUAAAGAGUCCCAGAAAGACCGCAAGAACCCGCUGCCCCCCAACGUCGGCGUGGUUGACAAGAAGGAGGAGACGCAGCCGCCCGUGGCGCUUAAGAAAGAAGGAAUAAGACGCGUUGGAAGAAGACCUGAUCAACAACUUCAGGGUGAAGGGAAGAUAAUUGAUAGGAGACCAGAAAGGCGACCACCUCGUGAAAGACGAUUUGAAAAGCCACUUGAAGAAAAGGGUGAAGGAGGAGAAUUUUCAGUUGAUAGACCGAUUAUUGACCGGCCUAUCCGAGGCCGUGGUGGUCUUGGAAGAGGUCGAGGAGGUCGUGGACGAGGAAUGGGCCGGGGAGAUGGCUUUGAUUCUCGUGGCAAACGUGAAUUUGAUAGGCAUAGUGGAAGCGAUAGAUCUUCUUUUUCACAUUACAGUGGCCUGAAGCAUGAGGACAAGCGUGGAGGUAGCGGAUCUCACAACUGGGGAACUGUCAAAGAUGAAUUAACAGAGUCUCCCAAAUACAUUCAGAAACCAAUAUCUUAUAAUUGCAGUGACUUGGAGCAAUCAAAUGUGACUGAGGAAACACCUGAAGGUGAAGAACAUCCAGUUGCGGACACUGAAAAUAAGGAGAAUGAAGUUGAAGAAGUAAAGGAAGAAGGCCCAAAAGAAAUGACUUUGGAUGAGUGGAAGGCUAUUCAAAAUAAGGACCGGGCAAAAGUAGAAUUUAAUAUCCGAAAACCAAAUGAAGGUGCAGAUGGGCAGUGGAAGAAGGGAUUUGUUCUUCAUAAGUCAAAGAGUGAAGAGGCUCAUGCUGAAGACUCGGUUAUGGAUCAUCAUUUCCGGAAGCCAGCAAAUGAUAUAACGUCUCAGCUGGAGAUCAAUUUUGGAGACCUUGGCCGCCCAGGACGUGGUGGCAGGGGAGGACGAGGUGGCCGUGGGCGUGGUGGACGUCCAAACCGUGGCAUCAGGACUGACAAGUCAAGUGCUUCUGCUCCUGAUGUGGAUGACCCAGAGGCAUUCCCAGCUCUGGCUUAACUGGAUGCCAUAAGACAACCCUGGUUCCUUGUGGACCCUCCUCUUUGAGGCUUGCAUGCUUAAGGAUCCCAAACGACUAAGAAAUUUAAAAAAAAAAAAAAAAAAAAAAGACUGUCAUUCAUACCAUUCACACCUAAAGACUGAAUUUUAUCUGUUUUGAAAAUGAACUUCUCCUGCUACACAGAAGUAACAAUAUGGUAGUCAGUUUUGUAUUUAGGAAAUGUAUUGGUAGCGGGGAUGUUUUCAUAAUUUUCAGAGAUUAUGCAUUCUUCAUGAAUACUUUUGUAUUGCUGCUUGCAAAUAUGCAUUUCCAAACUUGAAAUAUAGGUGUGAACAGUGUGUACCAGUUUAAA